AUAUUGCUAUUAUCCCUCGCCCUCAGCCUCAGGAGCCACGAUCGAUCGAACUCCCAAAAAAAGAUACGCGAAUUAAAAAAAAAAAUGGAAGAGGAGAGGAAUUAUAGCAAACUGGAAGAAGCUCUCGAGAUCAAGUCCCUGCGCCGAAUCAUUAGUGCUUAUCUCAAUUACUCGGAUGCUGCUGAAGAGGAUGUUCGAAGAUAUGAGAGGUCGUAUAAGAAACUCUCACCUGCUCACAAGGCUCUUCUCUGUCAUCUUCCUUUGAAGUACCAAAGACUUCGACGGUGUAUAUCGGUGAAUACAUUUUUCAUUAUGAACAUGCUUCAGGCAUUCGAACCUCCUAUUGAUAUGAGCCAGAAUAUAGAUAUUGAUGAACAUGAAAACUUAGAACAUGCCGUUGAUCAGAAUCUUCAAACACAAGCACAGAAUACUCGAGAAACUAGCAUUGACUCAGGGCAGCCUUUUCCAUCCAUUGGAAGUGAGGAUUCUGGUCCUGAAUCAUAUCAUAUCCAAAGAGAAAGCAACACAGAUAGUGGGCCUUCGGGAAGAAAUAAUGAGAUAGAGGAGAUGCAUGUUGGAAAUUCCUGCAAGUCUAACUUUCGGAAGGACAUAUCCUGCGCAUGCCAGAGUGAGAUAUGUAAUGGUAGUGGAGAUGCUGAUAAGGUAAAUUGCUGAUAUGAGUUUCGGGUUUUGUUUCUAAUGAAGCAUAAUUAUAUCCUGAUUGAUCUUUUCAGAUGUUUUUCAAUCAUUUUAUUUACUACAUUAACAUAUA